GGGGCAGGGGGGCGGGGAGUGGGGGGCGUGGGUCUGUGCGAGAGUCCUGCAGGGCAGGCGAAACCGAGCCGACACAGAGUGCAGCUCCGCGAUGGAGGAGAGCGCCUUCGAGACCUUCGAGGGGGAUAUAGUUCCCGAGGAGCUCAUGGAGGAGCUGCUGGUCCCAGAGGAGCCCUCGUCCCAGACCAGCCAGCCACCUCCCAGCGAAGGUGCCCCAACUUUACAGAAAAGCAAAGAGGAGGAGGUGGAGGAGUUUGUGGAAGCCAUGGAGAGCAAGCCUGCCCCCAAGCCAGCCCCCAAGCCAGCCCCACCCAGGGAAAGGCCACACCCAGUGCGGCGCGCAGCUUCAACGGGCGGCCAACAGGAGGCGCCGUGGGGCGGGGUCACGCUGAACCGCUGCCUGCUGGUGGCCGUCGUCGUGGUGCUCAUCACCUCCGGCCUCCAGAGCCUGCAGGACGCCCUGGACAUUUGGGAGGACGUCCCAGUGGAGACCAGGGAAAGGACGGUGCUGGUGCAGUCUGUCUGCCACAAGGAGGAGGACACACCAGACGUGCCCGAGACCUCUCUCUGGAACCACGUGUCCUGGUGGAACUGGGUGGCAGAAGAGGAAGAGGCAGAGAGACCAGAGGCCGAAGGCCAAAGAGAGGCAGCCGGGGGAGGCCGGAGGGCCGAGGCGAGGAGGCGGCGGCGGAAGGAGAGGGCCGACGAGGCCGGGGAGGGGGCAGGGAGGGGGGGUCGCAUCCGGCACAGGGGGCCAGUGGGGAAGGGCCUGCUGAAGGGCAGGGAGGAGGAGAGGGGGAAAGGGAAGGGGGAGAAGGAGGAGAGGAGGGGGCAGGGGGAGAAGCAGAGGGGGAAAGGGAGGGGGGAGAAGGAGGAGAGGAGGAAGAGGAGGGCGGGCAGGGAGGAGAGGGGACAGGAGGCGAAGGAGAGGAGGAAGGAGCAGGAGAGGAAGGAGGGGAAACCAGGCCGAGAGAGCGGGCGCGCCCCCGCCGGCGCUGGAGAGAAGAGGCAGGGGGUGAGGGAGCACCGCCACACGCUGUACGGGGAGAAAUUCACCCGCAAGAGGAGGGGGGAGAGCCCGCCCGGGGCGCCCAGGAGGAGCGGGUGA